CUCUUAUUUUCUCCCUUUCCUUUAUUCCCAUCCCAUACAACCCUCCAGAAAUAAACAUUUUUCUGUAAAAAUACAUAAAAAAUAAAUAAAAACAAACAAAAAAAAACUGCACCAUCCCCGGCGGCAACGCAUCCGAUAUCUCAUUCCCUUUCAAAAACAAUAAGCAAAAAAGAGAGAGCCAAAAAUAUGAGCAUUUCGAGAACUGGUAGUAACGGUACAACGCAAGCUUGCGCUGCAUGUAAAUACCAACGUAGGAAGUGUGCACCGGACUGCAUUCUCGCCCCAUAUUUCCCUCACGAUCGGCAACGACAGUUCCAAAACGCGCAUAAAUUGUUCGGGGUCAGCAACAUCACCAAGAUCAUUAAGAACCUUAACCCUCCCGAAAAGGACAUAGCCAUGCGUACGAUCGUGUUUCAGUCCGACGCACGAGCUAAUGACCCUGUUGGAGGUUGUUAUAGGAUCAUUCAAGAGCUUCAACGACAAAUCGAAUACAGCCAGGCCGAACUUGACCUGGUUUUCAAUCAGCUAGCCAUAUGCCGUGCACAGGCCGCUCAACAACAACAUAGCGAUUUAACGCUAUGUUGCGAUAUGAUCAACCCCCAGGAUCCAUUGAACUCGUAUAACUCCAACUAUUAUUACGUCCAAGAACCUCACGAGGAACUGUUUGCGGUGAACGAUAACAACCAACAACAUCAGUUGCAAGAAAACUAUGAUCAUUCAUGGGGCAUACAAGAAUCGACGACAGCAUUGUCGACAUUGAAUAUCAAGCAGAGUUUUAUGAAACAAAGUGAACAUAAUGACGUACAUGAGGAUGAAGUGAAGCAUGAUUAUGGGAUAGCUUGUGAAAGGCAUGAGAUGAAGUUUGAGAACGAUGAUAUAGUUGAAAGGAGGUUUGUGCCAUCCACACAAUUAGUUAUGUCAUCUUAAUCACAUUUUUUUGUUCAUUCUUACGAAUGAAUAUGAUCCAUAUUCAAAUUAAUAUAAGAGAGAAAUAAAUGACAUUCACAUAAACCCUUUUUUUUUGUUGAUAUAUUAUAUGGGUGUCUAUUUUGCUUUCUUUGUCGCAAUGUAGUUGAUCUAAUUAUUUGAAAUAAUAUUUUUCCCAGUCCCAA